UAUAUAGUAUAUAGUCAUAUGUCUUGAAUUUACACAAUCCUCACAGACCUCGGUUAUUAAGUUAGAUUAAGCCUUUACAAUUAACCAUUUAUUUUAUUUUAUAUUAUUUGUGGUUUAUUUAUCUCAAUUUAGAAAGUGGCAGUGUGAACAAAUUAUAUGAUUUAUGUGAACUAUAUAAAUAAACGUUUGAAUGUGAAAUGUGCCGCUCCAUAACCAGCAGGUGGCGAUAUUUCUGUUUAUGUAAAUAUUGGAAUAUGUUUUAAAUCUGCUUAGUUUAUCUUUGCAUAUCUCUCGGUUAAAAGCGUGAUUCUUUUCUGUCAGUAAAUUCUAGGUCAAGUGUUUGCAUAAUAUUUUUAAAAAGAAGACUAAACUUUGUUUUUAAAUGUAUUAAAAUGCUAUAUUACUCAUGGCCUUAAACUAGCUUACUGUCAAAUAGUUGAAUAAUGUAGCCUACAAAUUGUGCAAUGACUGUUUUAAAUCUCUUAGGAUUUUUUUUUUUGGGGAAUGGGCUGAUCCUUUUUUCCUGUUUACAAAGCAUAUUUCCAUCCCUCGUGGACAUUUAAAAAAAUAGCACAGAAAUGUGUCUUUCCUGUUUAUUCAGCUGUGUGUCAAAUGUAGUGUAAGCUAUGUAACUGUAUCAUAAAUUAACAAGGAACCAGAUAUGAUUAAAGCCUGAGUGGACUUUAAAUAUACAGGACUGUAUGUGAUCUGAACUGCUGAUCCCUCCGGUCUGAAAUGAGCAUCUCCACUGAGGAAACCCUGUUGGAUUUAAUUGACAAUGGGUGUGGCCUGAAGGUGUGGUCGGCCACACCCUACUUGAUCAGUCUUGGUAGUGGCUUUAUUACUUUGAUACCUUUAACUGAAGAAAUAUCACAAAUUGGUUUUGAGGAUGCAGAGUCACCACAGGAUGUCACCACUGAUGGUCCAGGGAUUCAACCGCACCACUGUGUCAUCACCAACAGUGCUGGAGUUAUUACUUUACACCCCAAUGGAAAUAUGUGCCGUCUUGAUGGAGUUCAAGUCACCAAGCCAGAAAAGCUCACUCAUGGGUGCACUCUUUGCCUGGGUAAAUCCUUUUUCCGUUUCAACCACCCAGAAGACGCUUAUCACAUGAAGAACAUGCUGCCAGAAAAUACUGCAGGACCCCCAUUGUCCCUCAGUACAGAUACAACAAAGUUUCAUUCCAAUGGCGGCACAUUGGCUGGAUCCAGUGUUCGUGGCACACGCUCCAAGGUGGAGCUUCAGGAGUUGAUGGAGAGCUUGCAGCGCAGGAAGUCUGCUCUGGAGGCCAGCCUAAAGGCUACUGGAGACUGCGGUUACCUCACUUUGUCACCACCUCCUAGUCCCCAGUCGGCAUCAUCCUAUCUACAGGACCGUCCACCUCUUUCUAUACGAGUCCCUGCCCCUUAUACACCCUCCAGCAGUUUAAGUAUGCCACCAUCGCCUCACCACUCAGAGCGGCCCAUAAGUCCAGUCCCACCUCAAACCCGCACCCGACACCAGUCGCAGGACAACCUGUUGCUUUGCCUCCCUUCGGAAGGGCGACAUCCCAACACUACCAGCUCACUUCUUUAUAUGUGGAACGGCUCUUCUUCCUCCUACAUGACUGAUUCACUUCCUUCAUCUCGCCGAGGUCCAAGCGGGGCGGCCAGCAUGCCCUCCAGCCCUCGCUUGGGCCGCAGAUUGCUAACAAGAGAUGGGGAGUCCACCGUUGAGCCAUCACUCCGCCAAAGGAAAUACUCCACCAGCUCUCUGAAUGGCCUGGGGGGACAUAGUCGCUCUUUGCCCAGGUUGUAUCGAGGAGACGCUCCAGUGCUGUCUUUGCCACCCCGACGUACCACCAAACCACGCCGCAGCCUUCCGUUCUUGGAGAAACCUCCAGAUGUGACCGUGACAGCCACUGUGACCAGCUGUUCUCGCCGGGCCAGCCUCUGUUCAGUGGGCUCUGCCCCAUGUUUAGAUCUAGACGUAGGAGAGAGAUGGCUGUCAUUUGGUAAAGGAGGCCUGGGGCCCGGCAUGGGGCCUAGGACGGGCAGUAUCAGUUCUCUCAGUGGAAAAGAAGAGCUACGAGAUUAUCAUCAGAGACAAAGAGAUGAGAGACUACGAGAACAGCAAGUGGAAAGACUGGAACGGCAGCGUCUUGAGACUAUUCUGUGCCUGUGCUCUGAGCUGGGUCAGUCUGAACUUGGCCGGAUGGAGACUGACUCGGGUGUCUCAGCUGUAUCGGACCUGCAGAAGAUCAACCGAGAGCUGGAGAAGCUGCAGGUGUCUGAUGACGAAUCAGUGUUCUCAGACUCUGCAGCAGUUUCUCUGGACAGCGGGUUUCUGGGUAAGGACCGUGGAGAGAUCUUGACCCAGAGACAGCGCAGACUCAGCGGACACAGGGAGACCAGGCCCCAGUCACCCAACACUAGUCUGCGGAGCUCACCCUCUCCACACCUCCGCAGCAAGGGGUCUGAAGACAUGCAGCUGAGAAAGGAGAUGACACGUAUCGAAGAGGAGAGAAUUCAGGUGCUUAACAACAUUGAGGAAGUUGAACAGAAGAUCAAAGAUUUAGACACACAGAUGGACGAGUCUAUCAGAGAGAUGGAGGUGGAGAGAGCUCUUUUAGACGGGGAGCAGGAGGCAGAAGUGGCUCAGCUACAGAGCGAUAAAGAAAUGCUGGAGCAGCUCAAUGAAAAAAUGGCCAGCAUGGAGAAAAAUGCUCAAAAAAAUCUAACUCAGGACACUGAAGCUUUGGAAGCAGAAACGAAGCGUUUUGAAGAUUUGGAGUUUCAGCAGCUGGAAAAAGAGAACCGUCAAGAUGAAGAGAAGGAGACACAGACGCAGCAACUCCUCAGAGAGAUUGCAGAAUAUCAGAGAUCUAUCGUCACUCGCAAGGAGAAGCUGCUUACCCUGAAGAAGCAAUCUACCCAGAUUACCCAGCAGGCACAGCGGGAAAAGGAGAACUUCUUGAAGGAGAAGAGCAACCUUAUUUAUAUGCUACAAAGGGAACGGGAGAACCAUGCAUCUCUGGAAAGGAAGUACUCUGAGCUGACAGGUGGUCAAGCUUUUCCUCUCAACCCUAUGUCCAUGAAGCAGCACUUUCGCUCUCUGGAAGAGAGGAGGCGGAGCAAUGGCAGGAAAGAGGGCGGGGUUCUGUUGGGUGACAGCGGGAUGUCCCGUAAAAGAGAGAGGCAGAGCUCUGGGACCUUCAACUCUGCCCUUAAUCGCAGUCUGUCUCCCAAGCCCCAUAUGCCACUGUCUCAAAGCUCUAGCUGUGGUAGUGUACUCCCCCGCACUCUGUCUGUCACCUCCCGUGACCUGGACACCCGCCGCCUGCUCAAGGGUCAGCUAUUUUUUAAUGACGAGAGGCAUAGAAUGAGUGAGAUGUCAAAUAGGACCGUUUCUGAGACAAAUGUCUUCCUGGAGCCGUUCCACUACAUGGAUAACGGACACAACUUUGACACAAUGAGUGUGGACAGUACAGAAAGCCUGGAGACCAGCAUUUCUGCCUGUUCACCAGACAACAUCUCAAGUGCCAGCACAGCAAAGAUAGAGGAGAUGGAGCGCAUGCUAAGAGAAGCUCAAGCUGAGAAGAACAGACUGCUGGAGCACAGGGAGCGAGAGAUGGAAUUGCGCAGACAGGCUCUGGAAGACGAGAGGAGAAGGAGGGAGGAAUUGGAGAGGAGACUGCAGGAAGAGACAAACCGACGACAGAAACUAGUGGAGAGAGAGUCUCGUCCGUUGACACGAUACCUCCCAGCGAGAAAGGAUGACUUUGACCUGAGAGGUCACAUCGAGGCGGCAGGUCACCAUCCUGAGGCUUGUUUUCACCUGGCCAUCAUUGAGAAGACCUGCAGGGGGUUCUUGGUCAAAAUGGGUGGGAAAAUCAAAACCUGGAAGAAGCGCUGGUUCGUCUUUGACCGCAAUCGAAGGACGCUGGCAUACUAUGCUGAUAAACAUGAGACUAAGAUGAAGGGUGUUAUCUAUUUCCAAGCCAUUGAAGAAGUCUAUUACGACCACCUAAAGAACGCACACAAGAGCCCAAACCCUUCCCUGACAUUCAGCGUGAAGACACAUGAACGGGUUUAUUACAUGGUGGCUCCUUCCCCAGAGGCCAUGAGAAUCUGGAUGGAUGUUAUCAUCACUGGAGCGGAGGGAUAUACGCAUUUCCUGGUGUGAGAGACAUUUAACAAACAACAUUUAACAAGCCCAAAGUGACCUUCACACUUCAGCUCGGCCUGAUAAUGGGCUCAUUUUCCAUGUCCACUGUUCUGAAGAGGUUACACUUAUAUGAUUCUCUUUUAUCAGUACUGAUUGCAAUGAGAGGGUCGACUGUACAUUUUGAAGUCAUCCAUGACCCAGUUUGGAAAGUUUACCCACUGCAUCCUGUCCUGAGUUUACAGAGGCAGCUUCAAAGGUACCAACUAUUGAAUUUUUCGCUCUGUUUUGUUCACUUCCGUGGUGAGACUUGGAACAGCUAUAAAUAAGAAAUCAGUCACUGGUCUUCACAUUUCACAAAACUGCCAACUCCUAAUGAAGCUGAAUAUACCACAAUGAUUAACCUUUUGUGACAAAAUGCCAAAAACAAAGUGUUCCUUGUGUGCCAUACAGACUCUAACAAACAUCAGGGUAUUGUUAGGUUAUAUUUUUAUAUCCAGCAGUACUAAACAUGAAUUUAAUAAUGUUUUUUCAUGUAAUGUUUUUUGCUGUUAUUGUUUAUUGACCUUUGUAUCACUGACCAAUUUAUAUUAUUCCCUCAUUUACCAAGUGCCUUACAUUUGUCAAUAUCUGAUUAGAAUGGCUAUAUAUUUAGCUGUAAGACUUGUAGAUUGACUCAAACGGACUGUGGGUAUUUUGUAUUGACUAAUUGUGCCCCCCGAUGCUCAGGAACAUUCCAGAAGGAAGAAUUUUACUCCAAAGACGAGCUGAAAUUGUGUUUCAGCAUGACAUGAAUGUAAUAACUGACACCUGUCACAUAAGAUACCAUCUUUAAUAGAGGAGGCUCUUAAUAAUUUAGUACAAAUGCUUAUUUUCAUAAGUUUUUCUAUUAGAAUCAUUGAUUUCUCUAUUGUUUGUUGUACUGCACUUGACCAGCAGAGGGUUUUACUUUCAAUGAUAUUGAAAUGAUCACAGAAUUUAUUCACCGCAAGAAUCUCAUUUGACCCUUAAGUUGAAAUAUGUUAAAAGUUUUGUUAUCACUGAACAAAUCUAUAUGCAUGCCUGAAAUUAUUGUGUGCCUGAUUUUUUUUAAGUAUGAAUCACUAUAAUUUCAUUUAGAGUAAUAAUAAUACAGAAAUUAUAUGAAUAUUGAUGUCAAGAAGAAAUGCUGUUGUUGUCUAUUUCAGUUGUUCUCAAGUGGUUUUGCUUCUGGAACCAGAUUUUCAGAUACACAGCAUUUGACGUCAAAAAGAAAUGAUACAGAAAGUGUUUUUCCUCCUUUUUAACAUAUCCACACCUAUUUGAUUUACCAUCCAAAUGAUGUGCAGUUUUAAGAGUAGUUGCAUUUUAUGUGCAUUGUUUUUUCCAUGCCAUCACAUCAGUUAAGAACCACUGAUCUUUAAAGACCAAAUUGUCUUGCAUCAUUUGUGCAGUCUGUCAUUCAGUCCCAUUUAAAUCACAGGGCAUCUUUUCUGGCAAAUACUUCCAAAUCUUCACCAAAAAUUUAGGCUGCGAAAUGAAGUAAUUUUCGUUUGCCAGCCAUUAGAUCAAUGCGGAUGUGCACUUUGAGACUAAGCAGUUUUUUAGGUGUUUUCUCAGCUUUCAUUCAGUAAAUAUAAUACAGCACAUUACAAGAUAAGCACAGCAAAGCAUUAUAUAGAUCACAAUAAUAUAUGUACUUGUAUAAAAUGUAUCUUUUAUAUUCAGCGUUUAUCAGUAUUAUUUUUAAACCAUUCAUCGUUUUUUAAUAAAAGCUAUUUUUUAUUGUAAGCAUGUUUUAUAUCUCAUUUAAAAUGUGAACCAUAAUAAAUUCAUAUGUAUGAUUAAAGCAAA